ACAGAAAUUUAAUUUAUCAAAACAAUGUUUUGUAGAGUAUUAUCAUAAGUGUUUUGAAUAAGUUUUAAUAACUAUAGCAGUCAAACAAUUUUAUACUUUCCAGUAUUUAAUCUAUGUUUUAUACAAACAUAGCGUAUUACAGCCCGAUUGUCAUUAAAGAUAGGUAAAUAAGAAAAACAAUUACCAAACUACCUAGGAUCCUAGAUUGAAACAAUGACAACGCAAACAAGCGAAUUAAACCAAGAAAUGAAUACAUUGGAUAUGUCCAAGAUUGCAGCUCUGCAACAGAAAAGGACUCUAGCAUUUGUCAACCAUUUUGUAACAACCAAUGUGGAGUUCUUGAACAGUUUUAUGUGCAAAUGUGAACACAAGCUGAUGCAGUUUGAGAGGAAGAUAGAAAAAGUCAAUGCUGCCAUGGUGCUGUUAGAAUCCAAGUUGUCAUCAAUACCUGAGUUGGACAAUACAAAAGCCCCAGAACUUGACAAUAAACCUCAAGCAAUAGAAACACAGAAGCAAACUGCACAAGACAGUCCAAAAACAGAGCCCAUUGUUUCAGUAGAAGAGAGCAAAGAAACCAAAUCAGAAAUAAGACCAGAGUAUGAAAAGUUUGUAAAAAUGGUGCAAGUUGGUGUCCCUUUACAGGCUGUGAAAUUGAAGGUCUCUUUAGAAGGCCUUGACCCCAAUAUUUUUGAGGCUAUAAUGAACAAAUAGUUUAAUUAAACUUGAAUAAUGUAUAAAUAUUUUUCUAUGAGUAAAAUAUAGCUAAUAUUUAUGUUAAGUUGCAUUAUUAUGAAAUCAGACCCAAUUUUUAAAUUACUGAUCAAUUUUCUCAAAAUGGAGCUUGGUCUAUUAUGCUUAGUAUAUUAUAUUUUGUAUAUAUAACUUUAAAUCUUAUCAUAAUUGGUCAAGGGUCUUUGCAUCAUCUUGUUAAUCAUUCCUCUAUUAGACAGGCAUUUAUGAAUAUUAUUAUUGGUAGAAUAUUAAUUCCAUAAACAAACUAUUUUUAUUAUAUUUAUGAUAAAGUAAGACAAUAAUUUAUCUGACAUUUAUAGCCAUUAUUUAGUGCCCCCCAAACAUCAGGAUACUGAGAUUGAUACUUGGUUCUUCAGUUAGACUACUUGACAAUACAAAUCUUUUUUUGUCUCCCAAACUAAUUGUAAUUUUACUGAAGAAACUCAUAUUUAAUAAAAUAGAGUAAUUAUUGAACACCAAGUAGUCAACAAUUGAAAAUAGCCAUUGUAGAAGUAAAAUCAACACUGCAUUGUAAUAUCAAUAAACAAUCAGCAUGUAAUGUGGUAAUUUAUUUAUGUAGGUACUGUAUUUUUAUUUAUUGUACCUCACAUCUUCAACAACUACUUAAUCAUCUUGCGUUGAUGUUAAUUGCCAAUGAUGAUAAUCACUGAAUUUUUUAAUGAUACAAGUUAAAAAUUAGGUAAUAAAUAAAACUAAA